AUGAAUCAGCCACAGCGGGUUUUCCCAGACUGCAGAUUCGGCAGAGAUUACUCAAAGUCUGUAGAGUUCUGUUCGUUUAGAGUUAACUUAGACGGUAGAAAAUUCCGUCUGACGAUCCAAGACCAACCCCUCACCCGACGAGGCAUCCUGUCCAUGGUAUCUUCGGUUUUUGACCCACUUGGCUUCCUUGCACCAUUUCUGCUGAUUGGUAAGCAGAUACUCCAACACCUUUGUAGAGAGAGCACAGGCUGGGAUCAGCCUCUUCCAAAUGAGCUUCGCCCAAAAGUUCAGAGAAUAAGAGAGUCGUCAGAACCAGGACAGUGGCGCCACAUAGCUACAGAUAUCAACCCAGCUGACCAUGCCUCCAGAGGACUGGAGGCAGAAGAACUGGAAACCUCCAGAUGGUUCAAUGGGCCUGCAUUACUGUGGGAAAAGCAACUCUCUGAGGUAAGCGGCUCAACACCUGAUCAUGAUGAAAUCUCAAACGAUGAUCGCGAGGUCAAGAAGGUCACAGCCCUAGCCACUAAAGCCACAGAGAGAACACCGAUGCUGAAGAUGUUUAACAAAUUUUCUGAUUGGUCAAGAUUACUCUCAGCCAUAUCUACACUUCGUCAGCGUUGUUUACGCAAGCUAGGUAAAGGUAUACCCGAUUUGACAGAGGUAAGAAGAGCUUCAGAGAAAUUCAUCAUCCUAUGCAUACAAAGAGAAGCCUUUGCAGACGCGAUAGACGAUCUGCAAAGAGGAGAACAUCUGCAGAAGAGCAACCAGAUCUUUAACUUGGACCCCUUCCCAGAUGAAGAUGGAAUCCUGAGAGUUGGAGGCAGGCUCAAACAUUCGAACCUGAAUUAUAGAGCCAAACAUCCAGCUGUCAUUCCCAAGAAGACUGCCGAAGCUGAGCUGCUAAUAAAGCAUCAUCAUGAAAAGACUGCACCUCAGGGCAGAGGAAUGACCAUGAAUGAGUUGAGCGCAAGUGGGUUUUGGAUACCAAGUUGCUCUGCACAGGUCUCCUCACACAUUUUCAAGUGUGUUGUUUGCAGACGUUUCAGGGGAAUCACUCAAGUCCAGAAGAUGGCUGACCUACCGAAAGAUAGAUUAGACGCCUCUCCCCCAUUCACAUACUGCGGAAUUUAUGUCUUUGGGCCAUUUGAAGUGACAGAAAGUCGUAAGACCAUCAAAAGGUAUGGACUUCUGUUCACCUGUAUGGCUUCCAGAGCCAUACACAUAGAGUUAUUGGAUGACAUGACAACGGAUGUCUUUUUGAAUGCCCUGCGAUGCUUUGACGCCCUCAGGGGCAAAGUACGCCUAAUCCGGUGUGACCGGGGUUCUAAUUUUGUAGGAGCAAGACAAAAACUGAAAGAGGCUAUGCAAGAGAUCGAUGAUGCAACCAUUCAAGCCCACUUCCAGGGCGAUUGCGAAUUCGUCAUGAACUCCCCAUAA